AUGGCAUGGCCACCGCGGACUCCCGGUCGCCCGGAACGCAUCCGCAAGAACACCUCACGCCGACAGCGUGACAGCACGGUCCUGAGGCUGGGGGCUGAGCGCUGGGGGCUGGGGCGGGAAACCCGGAGCGCUGCCCUGCGCGACGCCCGCGUGCGCGAGUCGCUCCGUGCCUUUCGUCCGUCGCCUCGAGCCUCAUCCGCCGCGCCGAGCCGCGCCGGGAACGGGUGGGGCUGGGCGUGCGGGGAGUGUAUUGCGAAGGCUCGGGCGAAGGUCGGGAAGAGGCGGGGGCCCGCGCGGGUCCCAGGGCGGGGUGCGCCCGCGCGGGGAGCUAAUCAGCGCGGCCCUGAGCGACGCGGCGCAGGAGGGCGCGCGGCGAGGAUCGAGGGGCGGGUGCCGCGCGCGGCGCGGGAGGGGGACCGGGACGUCGUUGCGCUUUCGCUUUCGCGGUCGGACGAUCCGCUUCGCCGCUGCGACAUGGGUGAUCGCGAACGCGGAGGGUGGGUGCUGUCGGCCACUGUGCCAGUGCGGGGGAUCGCCGGCCGUGCAUGGGGGUGCGGGGGUCGGCUCGAGCGGGGGGAUGCGUCAGGCACGUAUACGUGUGGUGAUCGCGCGGGAGCGGAUGCGAUGCGGAGAAAGGAAAGCGGAAAGGCGAACGUGCAGACGGUGGAGAGCCUCGGCCCUCCAGGAACCUGUGCGAUGGCUGUCGUUGCGCCCCCGGACCCGAGCCUGCACGGUGCACAUGCGUCGGGAUGGGGUGUGUUGUUCUUCGGCAAGUUGGGCUCGAUGGGAGUAGCUUUGCUUGGUAGUCGGAGAUGGAGGCGCGAAGCCACCGAAGGCGGGAAAGGGGCGCCGGGAGCGCAAUUAUUAAUGAUGGACGAGGCGCGCAUUGAGCGGGCUGCACCCACGACAGAGGCGUGCCCCACCCAAUGGGGCCGCGGGAAGCACGAUGCUUUUGUUUCCCGCCCGCAGAGAAAAGCAGGGCCAAGGCGACAGGAUCUCGACAACGCACCUGAAGACCUUGUAUUACAUCUGUUGAGAGAGCGUAACGCCGGAGGCCGCGGAGAACGGCGCUGCAGCGACUGCAGCUGCCGAGGCAGAAGCGCAUCAAUCACGAGCAUGACGUCGACGCGUACCCUCGUCCGGUCCCCGUUCUCCGAAUCCACUUCCCCGGCUACCCCAGCCACAGUAGUGCCGUACCGCGCGGAUGCAAACGGACGCGAAGUUUCUGCAACGGGAGAGCAUGGGCCAACCAGACUCAAGCCUGAGCCUAGGACGCGGCGAUCGCUCUGGCCCAGGAGGAGGACGAUACCGGGAGCGCUGCAGCUGGAGGUCGUUGACGUUCUGUCGUUGACGGCCGCGCGCCGGGGCGGCGGAUACUUCGGCGGGCCAGUCUCCGCAGACUGGCGCAUCAGACGGCGGGAGCAUGUGGGUUGGAUCAACCUCGCUUGGUCGCGCGCCGUCCAGAGGCGGAGUUAUGCUGUCCACAGCCCAACUCCCCAAGGGGCGCGCGUUCUACGAUCAGAGCCCUGCGCGCGCCCACUGAUGCCGUAUGGACGCACCAAGGCCGACGGUGGGAGCGCGUGCGCGGACGCGGGGGCGCGGACGACCUUCGGAGCCGCGACGCUCUUCUCGUGCCGGCACCCUGUGGGAAGCGGCUGGAUGGCGGGGGAAAUUCGUGAGGUAGUUUGGGAUAGCGGCGAGAAGGACCAUUACGCGACGUCCCAAUGGCCGCUCUCCAGAAUCCGGCGGCGCUUGAUCGGCGCGUACGCCUCCGUGAGGGCAUGGAGGGCCAUUUGCAAGGCUGGAAGCGCAGUGGACGGUGAAGGCGAUCGGAAGCUGGAACAACUAAUCAUGCACUCGGUGUCUCGGUUGAGGCUUGAGCCUUCAUCUGGACUGUGGGGUAAGUGGGGAAAUGCGGGACUGCAGAUCGAACCGGUGCCGGAAAUUUGUCUCAUUUUCCUGGUGACUACACAGUGGUAUGAAGCAGAGGUUGGGAAUACGGGAGAAAUUUCCGCUGGCGGCCGCCGACGCAAAACAGGGCGGUCGACUUGGAGCACGGAAGAUAUAGUGUUCAAAAUGAAAGCCAGAAGUCGAAGGGGUGGGAGAGGGAGGAGUGACGAAUCGAGCAGCAACAGUUGGGUGACAGGGCGGAAGGCGAGGUGGAUUGGCUCGGCAGAGAACGAGGGCAUAAAACUCAAAAGGGGAAGGACACAGGAAGAGGGUGCAUUUCCUGUCAUCAUUCCCUGGUCGCGUUGCUCGAGAGUGGAGCGCCAUGAUUUGGGCAUGAUUGAUCGCGCGGUGCUGGAAGCCGCUCAUCUGACUCUCCUGUCCCGCGCACACGUCCACACUUAUGCCGAAGACCCGAAUCAGACGGAUGUGCGCGUCGUCGACCGAGUGCGCGGGUCGUCUUCGGCGCAUGAUCGCGGAGCCUAG